UUUUUUUUUUUAUUUCUCGUUACUUUACUUUUUUCCCCCCACUCUUUUUUUUUUUCUUGUAUUAUUAAUUUCAAUAUGGCAUUCCGUUCUAUGGCUACCCGCAUGACUUCUAGUCGACUUGGUGCUCGUGCUGCUUUUACGGCCACUGGGAUGUCUGCUUACCGUCAGUCUAUUACUCCUACUGUUCGUUCUUAUACUACUGAACAAACUAAGAAAGGUGGUUCCAAUACUUUAUUAUUCCUUGGGUUAGCUGCACUUGGUGGAGCUGGAGGUUAUUACUAUCAUAAUUCUUCUCAUUCUGUUGUUGGUACUCAAAAGGUUGAAAAGAAACCCGUCGAUUAUGUUCAAAUUUACAAGGAAAUUGCUGAUGUUCUCGAAGAUAAUGAUUAUGAUGAUGGUUCUUACGGUCCUGUAUUGCUUCGUUUGGCUUGGCAUGCUUCUGGUACUUAUGAUGUGAAUACAAAAACAGGUGGUAGCAAUGCUGCUUCUAUGCGCUUUGAACCUGAAGCUCUCCAUGAUGCCAAUAAUGGUUUGAAGAUUGCUCGUGAUUUCUUGGAACCCAUCAAGGCUAAGCAUCCUGAAAUCAGCUAUGGUGACUUGUGGACAUUGGCUGGUGUUGCUGCUAUUCAAGAAUUAGGUGGACCUACUAUUCCCUGGAGACCUGGUAGAACUGAUGGUUUGAGUGCUGAAAGUUGUACUCCUGAUGGACGUCUACCUGAUGCCACUAAAAAAGAAGAUCAUAUUCGAAACAUCUUUUAUCGUAUGGGCUUUAAUGAUCAAGAAAUUGUUGCUUUGACUGGUGCUCAUGCUCUUGGUCGAUGUCAUCCUGAUCGAUCUGGUUUUGAUGGUCCCUGGUCUGAACAACCUACUAUCUUCUCCAAUGAAUACUUCAAGGUGAUCAGUGAACGAAAAUGGGUGAAGAAAAAUCUUGAUAACGGAGGAUGGCAAUGGGUUGACAAGAAUAACCCCAAUGUAAUGAUGUUACCUGCUGAAAUCUCCAUGUUUAAUGACAAGGAAUUCCGUAAAUACUUUGAUUUGUAUGCCAAAGAUCAAGACAAAUACUUUGAAGAUUUCUCCAAGGCAUUCAGCAAAUUGAUUGAAUUAGGUGUUCCUUUCAAGGGUGAUGAAAAGGUAUACAAGUUUGAACCUGUCAAUGCUUAGUUUAGUUUAUUGUUUUUUGUUUUUUUGUGAUUCCAUUUUUAGUUUAGUUUAUGUAUCUACAGAAAUAAAACUUAUAUACUUUUUGUUUUCUUCUUC